AUGACGGAAACUAACCUGUCUUCCUCCUCAAGCAUAAGGAGUACUAAAACUUCAGAUGCUACUUUAUCUCCUUUUCGACGAAAGAGGUUUGAUGAUCGAUCACAAACAGCUAUAAGUUAUCACCUUGCAAAUAGUUCCACCGAAACCGAAAGUCUUGAUCUUCGGCGCCUACAAUCAACGCAAAGUAAUUCCAAUAUCUUCACAAGCUUGGUGCAUUGGAAGCCUGCUAGAAGUAUGGAACAUAUUAUCAACUCAGAGGAUUUUGUGAAUUCUUUUGGCAAGCCACUUUACCUUCAAUUAUCGCCUUUACAUGUGGCAUUGGGGACAGAUAAGGGUGUUAUUGUGGGUUUCAACUACCAUCAAGAAAUAAUUUUCGCUCUAUAUGUGCAUCCAUUUGCUUCAGACGUUCAUUCUUCUGUCUUCCAUUGCCCCGUCACUUGUAUUACAUUCUCUUCGGAUUCAACCUUUCUUGCAGCAGGGUUUAUGGAUGGAACAGUGGCUACUUGGAAUUUGAAUUCAGCAAAGGUCACAGUAGGGAAAUAUUCUGCUCUUUUCCCUUAUGGCAUUAUACACCCUAUAUCACUUGAGGCCAGAUUUGCGCGUAACGCUCAGGGACACUUAAAGGACGUUCCUGUAAGUGCUCUUCUGUUCAUAGGAGGAUCCAACCAUCAACUAGUUGCUUCGGAUGCUUCUGGGCUAGUGUUCUACCACUACUUGUUCAAAAAGCUUAUGCGUAAGUACCAUGUUACGCAAAAACUUUUAGGGAAGAAUGACACCAACCAGAAGGAAACUGCUGGUAAGUUUGUCAUCAGGGCGUGCAAUAUCCUCCCAAUUGGGACAGUUCCACAGAUAACGGAUCAAAUGGGUGUCAUCGCUGUAAUGACUAGCAGAAUAUUUUGGCAAUAG